ACCUCCAAAACCAAAGCAUCUUCAUCCCGGGAGCAUCGGCAACUGCACACUCUAUACAACGAAACCAGAACUCGCUACAUUGAUUCAGAUCUCUCCCUCUCAAUAAGCCACCUCCUUGUAUCGAAAAACAACCCUACAGUCACAAGAAUAGUUUCCCUUGGCAUGGGCAGCCUAAAAUCCGUAGACCAAGCACGAAGGAUAAAACAAUUAACAAUAUUUCUCGCUAUAGGCGAGCAACUUCGACAGCGUGAACCCAAAAUCAUGCUCUACGCUCAGGAUCCAUCAUUUUCCAAGGUUGAUGAAGCAUUCCUGCAAAGCCUAGGAGUAAACAUCCUUUCCACGCCCUCGGCUACUGAAUUGGGGGAAGCAGCGCAAUAUAUAAACGAGUCGACACUUGUAUACUGUCCGUUUCUAACGCUGGAGGCAUAUCAACUCUUUUUCGCAACUGGGUCCCUUAAUUAUUUCAUCGGAGACGAUUUUGAUGCGCUCCGAGUCAAAUGGCCUAAACGCAGUGCAGGAUGGAAUGAAGCCGAAUCAUUAUCCAGACGUUUUGUGCAGGGACUUCGAAAACGUGUGAUAGGUGGUGAUAAUGGAUUCUGGGAUGCGGAGGAUAAGCCGUUUCCAAUGGCCAUGUAUCAUAGUUCGCAACGGCACCAGGACAAGCAA